AUGUCAUCGCCCGUGGCCGAGAAGGCUCCCGAUGAUUCUUCCAAGCUGAAGACCUUCCUAUCCAUCCUCCGAAAGUUCGUGGGUGUGACAGAUAUCGCCUCAGUUCGAUUCUCACUACCGGCUCAGCUACUAGAACCGCGCCCCAAUCUAGAAUACUGGAACUACCUGGACCGACCGGAAACCUUUGCCAGUAUCGGCACCUCCGAUGAUGAGUUGGGUCGGAUGCUGGAAGUGUUGAAGUUCUGGUUCACAAAAGACCUGAAAUACAUCAAAGGGAAACCCUGCAAGCCCUAUAAUUCAACCCUGGGAGAGUUCUUCCGAUGCAGCUGGGAUGUGACAGAAGGAGACGCCUCCGAAGCAAAUGUACCGGGUGUAAAAGUCAAUGGUGCUGCUGCCACAGAUGGAGGAGAACCUGUUAAGGUGUGUUACCUGACUGAGCAGACCUCACAUCACCCUCCGGUCUCAGCCUUCUACAUUGACUGCCCCCAACGAGGCGUCUCAGCGCGAGGAUUCGACCAGAUCAGUGCCAAGUUCACCGGUACCAAUAUUAGAGUGAGCCCGGGAGAGCAUAACCUCGGCAUCUUUGUCAACAUCGAGAAGCGAGAUAACGAGGAAUAUCAGUUGACGCACCCACAUGCCUACCUGGGAGGCCUGCUGCGUGGCGCACUAGCGAUCACUGUGUCAGAUGCAGCAUAUAUCACCUGCCGCAAGACUCGAAUGAAGGCUAUCUUGCAGUACUUGGAAGAGGGAUGGAUCGGGCGUUCCCAGCAUCGGCUUGAGGGUGUUAUCUUCCGCUUCAACCCCGACAAGGAUACUACCACAAGGAUCAAGGAUGUUGCAGAGAAGGACGUGGUCGCCCGCAUUAGCGGAUCCUGGCACGGCAAAAUCACAUAUACCGUCGCCGGAAGUAAGGAAUCCCAGGUCCUCAUUGAUGUCGAGCCGCUCUUCCCUGCCUCCAAGAACGUGCCUCCCGAUGAACAACAGCUCUCCAAUGAAUCCCUGAAAUUCUGGGGUGAUGUUACAAACGCCAUCACAAGCAAGCAAUUCACGCAAGCAACCAAACUCAAGCAGGAUAUUGAGGAGCGUCAACGCCAGCGCGCUGCGGAACGGAAAGCGAGCAACGAGGAAUGGAAGCCUCGCUUUUUCACAGGAGCCCUCACUCCGCUGGGUAAACCCGAGCUGACUGAAGAGGGUCAGAAAGUCCUACAAGGCAUUAGGGAUGGAGACUACUCCUUGGAAGAAAGUACAGUUAAAGGCGCUUAG